AUGGACUCCACCGCCUGCUUGAAGUCCUUGCUCAUUACCAUCAGUCAGUACAAAGCCGUUAAAUCAGAGGCGAACGCUGCUCAGCUUUUGCGGCACUUGGAGGUAAUUUCGGGACAGAAACUCACACGACUAUUUACAUCAAACCAGAUAUUACCAAGUGAAUGCUUGAGUUGCCUCGUUGAGCUACUUGAAGACCCCAGCAUAAGUGCUUCACUAAUCUUAAGUAUUAUCAGUUUGCUGUCUCAACUAGUUUUUAAAUGUUCAUUUAAUGGUCACUUUUUUCCCGAGUUUUGGGAGGAGUGCAUUCAGCUUCUACAGAGAUUAACGUAUAACGUCAAAAUUUUCCAUUCUGGUGCCAAUAUAGAUGAAUUAAUUACAUUCCUGAUAGAUCACAUUCACUCUUCUGAAGAUGAGUUAACAAUGCCUUGUCUGGGAUUAUUGGCAAAUCUUUGUCGGCACAAUCUCUCUGUUCAAACACACAUAAAGACAUUGAGCAAUGUGAAAUCUUUUUAUCGAACUCUUAUAACCUUCUUGGCCCAUAGUAGUUUAACUGUGGUUGUGUUUGCACUUUCAAUAUUAUCCAGUUUGACAUUAAAUGAAGAGGUAGGGGAAAAGCUAUUCCAUGCUCGAAACAUUCAUCAGACUUUUCAACUAAUAUUUAAUAUUCUCAUAAACGGUGAUGGUACUCUAACUAGAAAGUAUUCAGUUGACCUACUGAUGGACCUCCUUAAGAAUCCUAAAAUUGCUGAUUAUCUUACCAGGUAUGAGCACUUUUCUUCAUGUCUUAGUCAAGUACUAGGUCUUCUUAAUGGGAAGGAUCCUGAUUCUUCUUCAAAGGUUUUAGAAUUACUUCUUGCCUUCUGUUCAGUGACUCAGCUACGCCAUGUGCUCACUCAGAUGAUGUUUGAACACUCUCCAUCUGGCAACAUUCUGGGAAGCCGUCCUAAAUGUUCAGAACCUACUGUGGCUCUACUUCGUUGGUUAAGCCAACCUUUGGACGGAUCAGAAAACUGUUCUGUUUUAGCAUUGGAGUUGUUCAAGGAAUUGUUCGAGGAUGUCAUAGACACUGCUAACUGUCCAGCAGCUGACCAUUUUGUGUCCCUUCUGCUGCCUACAAUCCUUGAUCAGCUGCAGUUCACAGAACAAAAUCUAGAUGAAGCCUUAAUAAGAAAAAAAUGUGAAAGGAUGGUCAAGGCCAUUAAAGUUUUGUUAACUCUGUGUGGAGAUGAUACUCUGAAACUGCAUAUUGCAAAAAUUCUGACUACUAUCAAGUGUACCACUCUGAUAGAACAACAAUUUACAUACGGCAAGAUUGACCUGGGGUUUGGAACAAAGGUAGCAGAUUCUGAAUUAUGCAAACUUGCUGCCGAUGUAGUUUUGAAAACUCUUGAUUUAAUGAACAAGCUUAAACAGUUGGUUCCUGGUAUGGAAGUAAGCUUCUACAAAAUCCUUCAGGUAAAGGACCAAAUUAAUGAUGUGAGAAUAUCUGACAUAAUGGAUGUAUAUGAGAUGAAGCUGUCCACAUUAGCUUCCAAAGAAAGCAGGCUGCAAGAUCUCUUGGAAGCAAAAGCUCUAGCCCUUGCCCAGGCAGAUAGACUGAUUGCUCAGUAUCGCUGCCAAAGAACUCAAGCUGAGACAGAGACAAUUAUUAGUAAAGAGAGAAGGUAUGAUACCGCUAAAGAAGUUUUUCUCUAUAGAAGCACAAAUGAAAAUAUUAGUGAGUUUAAAGUAGUUUUUAUUACUGCAUUUAAAAUGCAAACUAUUGCUCAAUUAAUAGAGAAAGAAGAACAGAAAAAAGAAGUACAGAACCAGCUAGUAGACAGAGAAUAUAAACUAACAAAUUUGCAUCAAAAAUCAAAAGUACAAGAAGAAAAGAUUAAAGUUUUACAAAAGGAAAGGGAAGAUAAGGAAGAAACUAUUGAUAUCCUUAGAAAAGAGUUAAGCAGAACAGAACAAAUAAGAAAAGAGUUGAGCAUUAAGGUAAGAGUUCUCAUUUGCCUUAAAAUGAAGAAGUCUUUUUUGAAAGGGUUAAUUUGA